ACCGAAAUUUUAUUUUCCAAAACUCACUAUCUAUUACACCACCGUUAAAAGCUGAAUGAUCCAAAUUGUCCACGUCAGCCUAAAUGAAUAUUUUAUGACUAACUGCCCCUGAAUGGUGACUCAGCCUGUUAAACAAAUUUUUUUGACCGAAAUGCCCUUAGGCGCCCAAAAUGGCACAGCAAGCCGAAUGAUCGAGCAAGAGAGAGAGUGAGGAGAAAUCAUGUCUGGUUUUCUUUCCUUCCUUCACAGUGCGUUCUCUUCUUUACAACAACUCACUCUUGGACCCAAAUUCGUAACAGCGAAAGCAAGUCCAUCUCUGGUUAUUGAAGCAAAGGCCACAGAAAAAGCAGCUGUAAUUGGACAGGGGUUCGUCGCUAUAAGUAUAACGGUUCGCAACACUGCAGGAGAAAUCAAGCACCAGGCAGUGGCGGUUCGGAAUGGAGCAGACAUGUCGAUGCCGACCUUCUACAGUUGCAGCUUCGAAGGCUACCAGGAUACCUUAUGCACCCAUUCCCUCGGGCAGUUCUACAGGGAAUGUGAUAUAUAUGGAACUGUGGACUUCAUAUUCAGAAAUGCUGCCGCUGUUUUCCAAGACUGCAACAUAUAUGCUCGGCUGCCGAUGCAAGGCCAGUUCAAUGCUCUCACGGCCCAAGGCAGAACAGACCCAAAUCAGAACACCGGAAUUUCCAUUCACAACUAUAAAAUUAUGGCAGCUCCAGACUUGGCUUCUAGCAAUGGCACCACAAGAUCUUAUCAGGGGCGGCCAUGGAAAGAAUACUCCAAGACUGUGUAUAUGCAAUCUUUCAUUGAUAGUUUUAUAGAUCCUACUUGAUAAGGGGUGAUUUGGCCCGACCUCAUAACUGGGUGACACAUGUAUGUGACAACUCAGCAAGUAUCAGCUUGCCAUAGAGCAAGCUCGGGUACAUUAGUCCCGAGCUGAAGGUACUUCGGGUUGAGUCCCUCCCAGUUCACGAACUAAAACAACAGCACCGAGUUCUCAGUAGUCCGAACCCAAGGAAGUGGGCCACCUCGAAGAUGACUUGCCUCGGGCAGAAUCACCUCAGCACGCCACCAGUAGCUCGUCGUCAGGUAGCCCGACGUCUCGCAAGAAGCUUCCUGCCUAACAGGACCUUACCUGCCAACCCUGAAGACUGCAUCCACGUCCUUUGUCCAGCAGCGCAGUAUCUGCCAACCAUGAAGGCUGCACUCAUGUCUCUCGCCUGGCGGCGUUGUGCCUGCCAACCCCAAAGGUUGUCUCCUACUUGGCGGGACCGUAUAUAAAGACUUCAACCCCCCAGGGGCCAAGGUAUCGCAUAUUCACCACUCUCUAGCUUUCUCAUCUUCUUGCAAACUCAUUCUCUUCCAGUUCGCAACCGAGUACUAACUUAAGCAUCGGAGUGUUCCCGCCGGAUGAACAACCCCGGAUUCCUUCAUUCUCUCUUCAUGCAGGUAUCACUUGCCCGUCGCCAACUAGGAGCCCAGUCACUUCCAACUAGGAGUGGCCGGAUUGUACAUCAUCACCACUGGUUGGAGAGAAUGGUGUAGUGACUUUGCAGUGAGCACGCUCUACUACGCAGAAUACAGCAAUACAGGACCCGAAGC